AGACACGACCCGCGGUUCUCAUUUUCAAAACAAACAAAAUGGCGUCGCAUGUGAGAUGGGGUCUCCACCGGUUGCUACGGACAAUAAAUACGACUCACAUUAGGUUUCCAGACAAGACGAGCUCAUACCACACUCAGUGCUCGACCCAGAGCUUCAGGAGAGUUCAGCCUCUGUCCAGCACAGGAACCACACACUUCUCAAUAAGACACCUCUCCAUCCAAACUCAAGACACUCCAAACCCCAGAAGCUUGAAGUUUCUCCCUGGUAAACCAGUUCUAGGAAGUGGGACGCUUGACUUUCCCUCUCCGAGCUCAGCUGAAUGUUCAUCUUUAGCCAGGGACCUGUUUGAAAUUGAAGGAGUAAAAAGUGUGUUCUUUGGCCCUGACUUCAUCACAGUCACUAAAACAGAUGAGGAUGUGGAGUGGACAGACAUCAAGCGUCAUGCUUUGGAUACCAUUGCUAAGUUCUUUGAGAGUGGUGACCCAAUAACAAUAGGAGCAGUGCACCAUGAAAGCAGUAUGUCUGAAGAUGAUGAUGAUAUUGUGUCGAUGAUAAAGGAGCUUCUUGACACCAGAAUCAGACCCACAGUGCAGGAGGAUGGAGGUGAUGUCAUCUUUAAGGGUUUUGAGGACGGCACGGUCAAGCUGAAGCUGGUGGGCUCUUGCACAGGCUGUCCCAGCUCUACAGUGACCCUGAAGAACGGCAUCCAGAACAUGUUGCAGUUUUAUAUUCCAGAAGUAGACACGGUGGAACAGGUGGAAGAUGAAGUGGAUGAAAUCAAUGCGAAAGUUUUCUCAGAGCUGGAGCGCAAAUUACAAGACUAAAAACUUAAUUGACCAACACACACAUGAAUUAUGUUAUAAGAAAAAUGUGUUGCACUUUGUAAAAACACAGACAUGCAUUAAAGUAAUGCACUUAUUACCGUUCUGCAACUAUAAGAAUGAAGACACAAAAUUAUUUCUGCUAUUAUGUGUGCAUACUAUAUACUGUAAAGAGUUCAAGCAGUAUUAGACCUUUUUCACAGCUGACAUUUUGACAUGUUAAAGUAGGAAGCACAAUUAAUAACAUUAAUGAUGGCUGAAUCCAAUUUAGUUUUUCCAAAUUCAUGACCUUUGUAUAGUGCCUGAUGGUUCACCAGAAUGGCGUCUUUGGACACUUGAAUGGAACUGAGCCAUUGCAAAUGUUAUCAGUGUACCAACUGUGCUUUUCCUGCUUCGACAAGUCAAAAGGUACAUAUGAACAUACUGUAUGCCCCCUGUUACCAAGAAUGAGAGAUAAACUGUAUUACCUGUAUACAGAAAAUACUGUUGUUUUCUAACCAGACAAGAUGUUCUGCUGUGAUGGCUGUAAAUGCUGUGUUGUAUUUAUUUCUUAUAAAUAUUGUAUAUUUUGAAUGAAUAUUUUCUUAGGCCGGACAUAUUGUGAAGGUUUUGACUUUUAAACAUUGUCAUGCAGAACGAAGAUGAAUGAUCAAAUCUGGUGUUCUAGUUAUUGCCGCCAUAUACUGUAUGAAACAUAACAAAAGAAUUUCUGCUUGUUAAUGCAUCAUCUAUACAUGACUACUAUGUAUUGAUAAAGUGGAAGUAGGUUUGCACUUAAAACAUCCUAAAAGAUCUGUACGCUAUAUCUACUGUAUGUGCUAUGUUCUUCAUUCUUCACAUUUACUGUAUCACAUUAAAGUGCACAGUUUGAAAGCAAA